AUGACUCGAAUAUUUCUGCGGCAUCGCCUUAGUGCUGUUUUUGGGAUGAGCUGUCUCGCGCUCUGCUUGUGGUCAUGGUUCACGCUUGUGUCUUCCCUCGCGGCAGUGGUCGUUUUCCUGUUUGUUUCGAGGGCGUAUAUCGCUCCUUAUGUUGUCAUGCGUUUUUCCAAUCAUCUACGUGUGCGAAGCAUCAGUCUUCGCUCGAUUCGUGGUCUAUACUUCCGUCGGGGAAAUCGUACGUGGCAUAUUGAACGCAUUGGGUAUACCUACCGUUCGUCUGGGGAAGGCAAGCCUAGAGGAAUCCUACUCAAGAUUCAGGGUCUCAGAAUUGAGAUCGAGCAGCUAUCACGCGAGCUGCCCGCUCGGACUAAGCAUAGGCGUAGAAUCACUCUGGUGGACUUGUCGCCCUCCCCUCUGGCUUUGCAUCUAUGGUCCAUCAUGUCAACCGUAUAUUGGGUGUUCGACCCGAUCAUCCGCCCCAUCAUCCGCAUUUCUGUGAUUCAUCGCAUCCCUACUCUAACUCAAGCCCUUCGCCUGGAAAUCGAAUCGGCUGUCAUCACACACACAGCUAUCCCAGAUACCCAACUCGUCGUUGAAGGAGCAGAAUUAGAUGCGCAUCUUACGUUCAGCCAUCUUCAGGUCCCAGUUCCUCAUUCCGACAAAAUCAAUGGUCAAGGGGACCACAGACCGUCUGCUGCAGCGUUGGCCAUGGGAGCAUGGAAGUCUCGGCUUGCGAUGGGUUUCAAGCGUACGUGGCGACGUGCUUGGGAUAGCACACUGGGCCAAACAAAGGCUUCUUUAACAUUCGAUUUGAUGGUCAAUAAAGUUAUUGGUGACACCCCUAUUCAUAGUCAUCCAGGCAGCGAACCAAUUAUAUAUCUGUCUAAGACAGUAACUCUCAGCGGGGCUGCUCGAUUCAGUCCAAAAGACGGGAAGAUAGAAGCGGGCAGUGUCGAGGUUUCUUUGCGCGCUCCGAAUGUCCAUGUCUCGAUCGACUGCUGGCAAUCCAUCCUUGCGAUGAUUGACAACCUGAAAACCAAAAACACGGAAUCUUCUGCUUCACCUAUACUGUCAUCGCCAGUUUCGUUUCAAAGUCCUAUACUUUCGAGUGAAAGCAGUUCUGCAUCAUUGUCCUUGUUAUCCAAAAUUCAAGUGGACAUAUGUUCAAUCAGCAUCACCAAAACAUUCGGAGGAGACGUUUACAAGGCUUCUGUGCAGGACGUAUCUUGCGUUUGCAGUCCAAGCGACCCUGAUCACAACUCUUCGCAUCGCACUUGGCUCGGAUCUUACCAUCAGCCCACUUUUUCCGUUUACAUUUUGCGACUCAAAAUCCGGGAAAGUGCUCUCAGUAGGCUCAGUAAUGUCUUCACUAGUAGCCUCCAGGUGCUUCUUGUCGGUACCCUAGAUGCAUCCUUCACGACAUCGGAAUGGCCUUCGUCAUUGCAACAUAUUCCACCGGGUGAUCCAAAUCGGCUUUUGUUGAUGAUGGAUCUCUCACUCGCUGAAUUUGCUGUUACGGACCGCUUGGAUGUGAUACAUCAACUAUUAAGCAGCCAAACAAGAUCAUCUCCUCCCCGCGCGUCCCUCGCACUCCCUGAGACCUUAUCACCUAUCCCUCGAAUUAUCGCUAAUAUUGAAGUUGGCCGCCUUUCUGCACGUCUGAUCUGUGCGGAUGCAACGGGCUCUCAGACGCCAUUUUCCCUAGUCUUGGAGUCCAAAGGUCUUAACGCCCAUUUCAUAUCGACGUUCCGCGUGAAGCCGUCCAUCACAUACAAUUCUGGUCAUGCGUUCUCUGGUCAUGCGUUCUCUGAUCAGACUGGGUUGCACAUGGUACUGCAGUGGGACUUUCAUAUGGAACCUGUCUUCUUGAAUAUGAACACAGCUUCUCUUCCGCGGAGAGCGUCAAGACGGUUUUCCAUACAUAAUCCGAAUUCGGAAGGGUUUGACAGCUUGCUCUCCCUCGAAGCAAUUGAAGCCAGGGGAGAAUUAACUGCUGUAGGGGAGUUUAUCGAUGAUGGACAAACCGCAUUCAAUUUGCUGUGCACCAAGUCCCUUUUCCUCGACCUACACUGCUAUACAGAAGGGAUCAUAUUGGAAUUGUGGCAUCCGCAGUCUGUGGCUGCUGUAAUUGCCGUUAUUCCUAUACUCCUGGUGAAAGAAAGUACGCCUACACCAUCUGAUAAGCCCCUUAUACUACCUCUUGGUUACGCCGUAUCUCUAUCUGUCGCUCGGCUGGUCCUUUUCAUCACAGGUCAAGAUAUCAAUCCCAACGCAGAAAGCGAUGUCACACGCGGUGUUGCGUUUAGCACAGGCAUAGCAAUGCGGUACUGUUCCGUGCAUCCAGAUCAAGUUCAGUCUGUAGAGCAUGCGAGGGCACGUGCGCAGAACAGACAUAAGCUAUAUCUUCCUGCAGACCACCUCGCAGAAGCAUUAGUCUCUGCAAGGGCUUCUGCGGCGUCCACUGAAAGUGCUGCUUAUGGGAAAUUGGUUCUGUGGAAGACGUCUCUGCGUUCAGCUGCUGCUGACACGUAUUCGAUGGACGACCCGUAUAUCUUUGAGAAAGACGAUCACGCAUUCACGGGAAAACAGUUCGUGUUCUUGUGCAGAACGGAGGUCGACGUCACUUCCCGAGGGAUCAGGUUACAAAACUCAGGAAUUUUGCAGUGCAGUGCACACGCCAUAUCUGCAACCGUCGAUGAAGUCCGGGUUUCCUUUGACUUGUGCCAUGUCACUGCCUCCCUCCUUGCACUUCAAGUAUUGCGGAACAUAAUACCCAAGUUCCGACCUGCAAAAAUGUCCAGUGGCUCACGCGCCCUGAGCUUGAGCUUCCGGGGGAUGGUCAAGGCACUGCAGGUCCGAUGGAAUUUACCAGGGCAGCAGCCUGUCACGCGGAUCAACUACCUGGAGGCGACCGUCAGCUCCGGGAAUAUCGAGUGCUCCUUCAAUUCAUUCGUGUUCUGGGUUCCGAUGCCUGCAAAGCCGCAUCGGUGGAGGGAGAUAGAGGAAGGUAGAUGGGAGGAGCUUGGGCGUUUGCAUAGGUGCACAGUUAGUUAUGGAGGUAAACCUGACGAUGCUAUCCUGAUUGAAGGGGACAGUAUCCGCUUCGCAGUCCCUUCAGGAUAUGUAUUCGCGGACUUGCUCCUUGCCAUUACCCUGACAACUAAGGCUUCGCGUCACAUACAUCGUAUGGUUGCCAUAGGCACAUACUUUCCUUUCCCUCCCCCAGAGGCUGAAGGUCCGAAGGUUUUACCGAAUAUCUCGGUGUCCAUCCGUGCCAUAUGCUUGGAGGCAGCAGAUGACCCUUUCGAAUCUCAGCUGGGGUUGCUUUGGAGAACCGGCCUCGACGCUGCUAAAGAGCGCAUUCAGCGGGAAGACGCGUUUGACGCAAAAGUCGUUGCAAUAUUGGCUGCAGAAGGAGCUGACGCUUCACCGUCACAUAACACUGCAUUCAGCUCAGACUACCAGUUUGAUGCGGGUCAUUCUAUUUCUGUUCGUGAGGCCCGGGAAAGACUACACAUGCUUCAUUCUCUUGAUUGGCUUCUGCGACAUAAACAACGGAGGCAAAAACGGGCGGCCAAAGAAGACGACUUCCACCGAGAUUUCCGAGGAGCAAAUCCAUUGAAGCGCCCGACCAGUGUUCCAAAUCUCGUGAACGUCACCGGUAGCCAUCGUACACCACCCCUAUUCCGCGCCGUCAUCUAUGGAUUUCAGUUACAGCUCUCCCAGCCAUCAUUUCCAACGGAGCAACUACCUGACUUCUUAUAUGUUCAAGGCCAGGGCGUCCCUAAGGACACGUUCUAUACGCUCCUUAUUCCCAUGCAUCUCGAUGUCUCCUUGAGAUAUCUUCAAGUCACGCUUCGAGACUAUCCGUUACCACUCCUGCAUAUCCCGUUUCAUUCUGAAGGCAAAGACCUGCCUGUCCUGAGGUUCAUUUCUGACUUGGUCGUUGCCGAGGACAUGGGACCAUCACAAUCUGUCGAGUGGAUUCCCUGUACCAUCGGUGGGGCUCAAGGUGGUUUUGUUCCGAGUAGCCCUCUCAUUAUUGAAAUUCCCAAAACCAUUAUGCCCGUCAAGACAUACGCUAAUCCCACUGUCAAAGUUAUGACGAAUGGGGUAACAACCUUUGGUUGGGGCGCAAGCUACAGCGCAACUACUCAAGAUCUCGUUCGGAUCUUGGAGAGCUUAACAUCAGAAACGCGUGAUCCAUCUCCCAGCAUUGGGUUUUGGGACAAGCUGAGGCUCAUUUUUCACUGGACUAUCGAAGUGUCAUUCGUUAACGAGGUCAGACUCUACAUGAAAGGUACACGUGAUCCAUACACCCUUCACGAUGAAGGUGCUGGCUUCGGACUCUGCUGGAAAGGCAAUCCCAAAUUACUCAUUGGAUUUCCGAACGACGUCAAUGAACUUAUUCAGGUGUCAAGUGAUACCAUGUCUAUCAUCAUUCCAAAACUGAAAACCAAGAGUAGGUUCCAUUGUGAGUGGGACACCUGUGCCAAACUCGGCUCCGGUGUACGUUUUGGAGUUGGUGUCAUACUAGAGCGGUCUUGCAGCACUGAAGAUUGUACAUCUUGCUGCCUCGGUUCCUCUUUCGACCGCCAUUGCCGUUUUUUCACCUUCCGGCCUCAUCAUGAAACACUUCAUGACUCCUAUAAGGGCUUCCGAUCCGACUUCAUCCACCUUUCCGUGUCUUUAACAUCUUCUCUGCAUUCGCAUACCUGCACCGAUCUAUCCAGCCCGAGUAGUUUCCAUUUAACACCACACGCAUUUGCUCAUUUCUGGUCCUGGUGGGCACUCUUUGACGGCAAUUUGUCCUUGCCAGUCAGACAGGGCUCGUAUUAUCCCUCCAAAACAGUGUCCCCCAAGUUUGCUCGUCACCUUGCGACUGUGAAGUACCGAAUAGUGGUGCCUCGCUUAUUCAUAUCUCACGUUUACAUUGAUGACACGAGAGACUCCUGGAUUUCUGGAAUCACUUCGUUUGUGGGCACCAAGGCUAACGUUGGCCAUUUUCAAGCAGAUAUGCACCAGAGGGACCAAGAAUCUAUUGCUCCAGGCGACGGUCAGGACAGCAUCAAGGUUGUGCGACAUAAGCCUUUCUAUGCGGCGGAGGUGGUCAUGAAAGAUAUGGACCUUCGCGCCAUGCUGGCCACCUUUUCUGAGCCUCUGAAGCAAGCCAUUCCUCUGUCGUUCGAAGGUGAUCGGGACACCAACAACUCCACAAAGCCGCUACCAAGAAUCACUCCCUCGGACUGGAUUGAUGCCGACGAUUUCGUGGAAACGGAUUGGUCUUUCAAACUUGAACCAGAUAUACAGCUCCUUCCAUUGUUGCUUUGUUCCAGAUUGACUUAUUUCAAGAAAAAUGCCACUUCUGGAGCUAUGGAGGGUAGCAAAUUUGGUGUAGAGGAUACACACACGUGUCUCCUUGGAAGCGAGCCUUCUGUUCCGCAGAUUGAAGUUGACCUCGCGAAUCAUCGAAUCGCGCAACUCCGGGACCUUGCCACCCUUAGCCCUCACGCCAACGAAGGGACUUCAACUUCUCUGCACAGGAUGACAGCCUUGUUACAAGACUACGCGAAUCAUUUACGAAUGACCGAAAUUCCUCACACGGGUUCUCGGAGCAGCAACAUUGAAAACUACUACAUGCCUUCUGAGACUGUCGAGGCUGACGAAUGGGCAGAGUUUGAGAACGUCUACCAAUUUCAUGCUCCCAAGGUUUUCAUGAACGAUUCUAUCCGUGAUGUCAUGCUACAGUACUAUAACUGUUCAAAGGCGCGACAGGGAUUUGAGUAUCACAUGGCAACGCGUGCUGUCAAGUUCAUCAGGGACCAGGCUGAAACUGUCUUGUCAACUGGGCCCCCGACCGAUCGUCAGAAGCUCAAGGGCCCCGUGAAUACAGCUCAGACUGCUGCAACUGUUCUGAAAAGAAUCUUGAGUCGGGAUCGUAAUGGCGUCUCGAUCGAGGUGGACGAUGACGAUGACGUCCCAGAUGGAGAUGGUGCCGUCAAUCCUCUGGUCGGCUGGGAUGAAGGAGUGGCAUUACAAAAACGCCAUUUCUGCCUGCUUCUAAAGCCUCAGAUCGUUUUGCGCAGUGAAGGAACUAGUGAUUCCGUUUCUGUCUUGGCUGCUGUUCAGGCUAAGCUGCAAUCGUUCACGAUUAUGGACAAGUCUAACCUGGAGGAUCCGGUCAGCGGUACCAUCAUGACUAGGAGUUACAUGUCUUUGGACGGUCUCCAGACAUUCUGUCCUGUAGACUUGGAAUCUUGUGGCGAUGGAUGUGUGCCACUGGAAGUUCUCAUCGACUACCGUUGUGAAAGUGACGCCUUCGACCGAAUAGUCCCCCAGACAAAUGCUACGUGCCAGUACGAUCGGUUUAAUCGCCUUCGUCUACGUAACAAUGUAACAUCAGUCACUCGGUCUGUGCCGGACAAUGAGCACCGUCGAGGCAAAUAUGCUCAUUUACAGAAUGAGACAGAUCUGAUCCAAGUCCAUAUCCCUCGGUUCUCUGUUUCUGCCAGCGACCGUCAUUUCCAAUCCAUAUCUAACAUUAUCACAAACCUCAUACUUUUCUCCGAUGCCGCUCAUAAAACUCGGUUGGAGAAGAUUGAGGCUUUACUCUUUGCUUACGACUUUACAGAUUUCACAUCUGCGGCAAAUGUUGUCUCGGAUUUACAAAGUCGCCUUAGAAACGUCCUCGAGACGCGGAGGGAUGCUGAAAAUCAUGCGUUAUCGGCCGUCUCGGAGACCAGGCUAGAAAUAAUCAAGCUCAAGGCCCAUAUCUUCCUUCUGACUGAGGAACUUAAUCUGAUAUUCGACGCCAUCAAGUUAGCCCAGGAUCGAGCCGAUGAGCGCUCAGACCAGAAGUCAGCGCUUCUGCUUCUUGCUUCUUCCUCGGAAAUUUCGUGGCAAAUGCUAGAUGAUCAUCAAGAACUUCUUGCAAAGCUCGCAGUCCGCGACAUCGAUUUCUCUUGGCUCAGUAAACAAGACAGUUCGACGAUGACAAAUCUUGUGGUGGGAGACCUUCAGGCAUUUGACGGUUCUCCUCAUGCUCCUUGGGCUGAGAUUGUGUCCAAAUUUGAGGACCCAUCUAAUCACCCCAUGUGCAAGAGAGGAGUAUUUCUUGAUGCUGAUUGGGCAGUGCUUGCCCCUGUAGGGGGGAUUACCAUCUAUGAAAAAUUCCAGCUUGAUUUCCAUCCAAUCAGACUUCAGCUAGACGCCAGUCUUGGUCAACGAAUCAUGGAAUACGUCUGGCCGGCGCGGAGAAGUAGGAACAGGGGCACCGAUACUGUAUCUUCGUACGAUACGCACCACCCCAAACCCCGAGCAUCGUUGGAUUCUUCUAAGCUCAACCAGCCACGCCCAUCGCUGGACUGCACCAGUCUCACUCCUCCUUUACGUAAGUUAGGCUCUUCAAGGUCAUUCACAGAUCUUCGGAGUACGGCGGCAGACGCCAUGAUCACGUCGUAUCCUGCUACACAAUCCAAUCAGCAUUCUUUGACAACCGACGCGCUGGAUGAAUCUCGUCGACAUAGGAACAUGAUAAUACGACAGACUGAUUUCGAUGAGAUGAAAACGCGCUCCUCACAAAAAAACUUCGUGCUUGUUAAGAUCUCCAGUUUAGAGUUGCUGUUAAGCAUCAUGAAGGCUUCAUCUUUUGAAUGCCGUGAUGCACGCAUUCGGACGCACGCGUUGGAGAUUAGAAACCAGACCUGGAGUUUCGAAGAGCUGGUUGAUCAGUUCAUCCCAUCGGAUCUCACGUGGAAAGGCUGGGUCAAGAUAGCUUUGCAUCAACCAUUGGUUCCAGUCUUCCCUGUGGCUCGAGAGUUAUUCUCAAAGACGAAGCUAACGGCCUCCAAAAGUGUCUCGCAGCUAGAUCCUCGAGCUCCCCGGAAGAUACUGAAGCUAAAACCAAAGCGAACAGACACCAACUCGACUGCUGCACCAGCAAGACCGAGAACGUCAUCCUCAUGUGGUACCAACCCUAGUAGAUUUAUUGGAAUGUCUCUCACAGGACGAGCCUACCGACAUGGAUGA